GCGUGCGGGCAGUUGCGAUGGGUUUCUCCGGCUCCGGCGCCACGACGCUUGUGCUCCUCAGCCUCUGUGCCGCCGUCUCAUGCUCGAAGCCUCUGCCGCCGCCGGAGAUGCUGCACGAGAGCUUUGCGGGGAAGUCCGAGUUCAGGACGGUGAACCGGAAGAGGCUGGAAUCGUGCCUGAACCGGAGCCCGUACCUGCAGAUCAACGUCAGCACCGGCGGGGCGCCGCUCCCCGACGAGGUGUUCAUCAAAGUGACCGUCGCCGGGGUCCUCAAGCCCGACGGCGGCGACUGGGUCGCCAUGAUCACGCCUUCGAAUUCCAGUGUCUCCGGAUGCCCUCUGAGUGGUGUGAACUACGUCCAGACUGGUGAUCUAGCGCAUCUCCCGCUUCUGUGCCACUACCCUGUCAAGGCCCAGCACCUGACGAGCGACCCCGGCUACCUGGGCUGCAAGAACGCGGCGUGCCAGAGGCGCGACGCGUCGGGCGCCUGCAAGAUCCGGACCUGCGCCGCUACGCUCACCUUCCACGUCGUCAACUUCCGCACCGACGUCGAGUUCGUCCUCUUCUCCGGCGGGUUCAGGGCGCCGUGCGUCCUCAAGCGGUCUGGCGCGCUCCGGUUCGCCACCCCCGCCAGGCCGCUCUACGGCCACCUCUCCAGCACCGGCUCCAACGCCACCUCGAUGAGGAUUACGUGGGUCAGCGGAGACGGGAGGCCGCAGCAGGUUCAGUACGGAGCCGGCAAUUCUGCUGCUUCUCAAGUCGCAACGUUCACGCAGAAGGAUAUGUGCAGUAUCGCCGUGUUGCCGAGUCCUGCAAAGGAUUUCGGGUGGCAUGACCCCGGCUACAUCCACUCGGCCGUCAUGACUGGGCUCCAGCCCUCUCAGUCCUACUCUUACCGUUACGGAAGUGAUUCUGUGGGUUGGAGUGACACACUCAAAUUCAGAACACCACCAUCUGCAGGUUCAGAUGAGCUAUCCUUUGUGAUCUAUGGUGACAUGGGGAAGGCUCCCCUGGACCCAUCAGUGGAACACUACAUUCAGCCUGGAUCGAUUUCAGUGACCAAGGCAGUGGCUAAAGAGAUCCAAACUGGAAAUGUCGACUCCAUCUUCCAUAUAGGAGACAUCAGCUAUGCCACGGGCUUUCUGGUCGAAUGGGACUUCUUCCUUCACCUCAUCACACCACUUGCUUCUCAGGUUUCAUACAUGACCGCUAUUGGUAAUCACGAAAGGGAUUAUGCAGACUCUGGAUCUGUGUAUGUGACCCCAGAUUCAGGUGGUGAAUGCGGAGUCGCAUACGAGUCCUACUUCCCCAUGCCCACUGUCAGUAAGGACAAGCCAUGGUAUGCAAUUGAGCAAGGGAGCGCUCACUUUGUUGUGAUGUCGACUGAGCAUGAAUGGUCAGAGAAGUCGGAGCAGCAUAAUUGGAUGGAGAAAGAUUUAUCAUCGGUCAAUAGAUCAAGAACACCAUGGGUAAUCUUCAUUGGGCAUAGACCGAUGUAUUCAUCCCAUAUCGGUAUACCGCUCAAUGUGGAUCCAAAAUUUGUAGCCUCUGUUGAGCCGCUCUUGCUCAAGUACCAGGUGGAUUUGGUUUUCUUCGGCCAUGUACACAACUACGAGAGGACUUGCGCGGUAUACCAGAGCAAAUGCAAAGUCAUGCCAAGGAAGGAUGCAAGUGGAAUUGAUACUUAUGACAACAGCAACUAUACUGCGCCAAUUCAUGCCCUUGUUGGAGCAGGAGGGUUCAGCUUGGACAACUUCCCUAAGAUUGUGUGGGCGAAGUGGAGCUUAGCAAGGGUUUCAGAGUUCGGGUAUGCCAGGGUGCAUGCCACAAGAACUGAUAUCCUGGUUCAGUUUGUAAGCUCAAGUACGAUGGAGGUUCGCGACCAAUUUAGAAUUGUGAAGCAAGCUCCGGCAAGGAAGUAACAGAGCCUGACAAUUCAAAAGUAGCUGCAGCUCAUGAUAAAGAUGAUGAAAUUGGAGCUACUUCUUUUUAUUUUUGUUAUGCUAUAAAUUAGUGCUGAAUGACACAUCAGUGCAUAGUAUAUAUUCCAUAUUUACAAGUGUAUAUGUAUAUAUGGAGAUUAGCGCAAUGUUUCUUUCAGAUGACCCCCAAUGAAAUUCAGCAAA